AAAAUACUCAUACAUAUCAGUGACAUCAAUUACACCUGUUAUCCACUCUAACGAUAAGAUAUUGCAAAAUUAAAUUAGACGUUGGCUACUACAUUAUAUCUUAAAGCUGUGACUUUUAUUUUUUUGGGAAAGGAAAUGAUGAAUUUGUUAGGAAGUGAGAAAAUACAUGAAGAAAGGUCAGGACUCGCUCAGAAGGAAAAAGAAGCAGCAACAGAGGCAACAGUUGAUAUCAAUCCUUAUGGUAGAGGAAGAGGAAGAGAAAGCACAGUGUGGGGUGUUUCCUUGAUGAUUGGCUAUCUUGGAUUUGAUGGCUUUACAAGCACAUUCCAGGAUAAAUUAUUCAAAGGUUAUGAUAUGGAAAUACAGAAUCAGAUAUUCUACACCACACUAUGCUCUUGUAUGCUCAGCUUGAGUGGUCUAAUUCUCCAGGGCCAUCUCCUCAUGGCAAUAGAUUUUGUAUCUCGCAAUACCGAUUGUUUCCUUGAUGUUGCACUGCUGUCAACGGUAGCAACAGCUAGUCAAUUCUUCAUUUACUACACUAUCCGCACAUUUGGUGCCCUCACAUUUGCCACCAUAAUGACCACAAGACAGGUUAUCGUCUUUGGUUCCCUUUAUGCAAGAAGCUUCUUAAAAAAUAAACCCCCGAAACCUUCAUCCUCGGAACAGACGGAAAAUGGAGCUUUUAGUCCAUUGCAGGUGAACCCAUAG